AUGUUUCGCUCUUUAGUCUCCUUAUCCACGUUCCCUGCUCUUGCGCCCAUACCCGGGUCAUCGCGCCUCCCUGCCUCUGUCGCACGAGUCAUCUCGAACCCCCUCCCUCUCGCGCGCCGUCGCCGACGCUUCCAUGCCUCGGCGAACCGCUCAGACUUCCACUUCGACACGCACCACUUCGUUCAGCGGCUCGAGCGCGAAGGACUCAACCGCGCGCAAGCGGAGGGUAUCAUGACCGCGAUGGCCGAGGUCAUCGACGAGAGCAUCCGGAACAUGACGAGCAACAUGGUCACGAAAGCGGACCAAGAGAAGCACCACUACACGCAGCAGGUCGACUUCGCGCAGCUCAAGUCGGAGCUGCAGCUGAUGGAGAAGAACGAGCUCGCGAUGAUCAAGGCGGAGAACGACCGGCUCGUGAACGACAUCGAGAAGCUGCGGCAGCGCCUGCGCGAGGAGGUCACGCGCACGCAGGCGGGCGUGCGCCUCGACCUCAACCUCGAGAAGGGCCGCAUGCGCGACGAGAGCAGCAAGCAGGAGCUCAAGAUCAAGGAGGUCGACACGCGCAUCGAGCAGGAAAUCGCCGCGCUGCGCACGUCGAUCCAGGUCUCCAAGGCGACGACGCUGCAGUACCUCGUCGGUUUUGUCACCGGUUGCUCGGCGUUGCUUAUGGCGUAUAUGCGCUUCCGGGUUUAG